AGACGUAUUUUCACCGUUGAAUAGUAAACAAUCGCGACUUACGUUUUUCUGUGCAAAUUUAUAUUUUUAUAACAAUGAAAGAAAUUGAAAGUGAUUGAUAUUUAAAAUCAAUGAUCUUGAAAUAUUCAAAGCAGACUUAUUUCAUCUAAUUUGUCUUCUAAAAUCUUCUAUUUGAAUAGUUAAGAAAGUUUAUCAACUCAAACCUACAUUGUCAUACUUUCAAACUCUAUGAAAUCUUAUCAAAGAAUAAUGAUUAAAAUAUCAGAAUCGAAAUCUGAGUCUUCAAUUAUAAAUCAAUUUUGUAAGACUUUACAUCAUUCAACUCAACGGAGAUUGUCAAGCACAGUUAGUUUACUUCACAAAAUACCAACUGACUGUGAAUUGCCAUUUCUUAAUUUCUCUGACGAAUACGAUAUUGACAAAACAAUCGCUGAAGGAAAUUUUGCAAAAAUAUUUCUCACAAAUCACAAGCCAACAAAGUCAUGCGUUGUACUCAAAGCUGUUCACAUGGAAUUAACCAGUGUCAAGGAAUUUAUAAAGGAAUAUCAUUAUAACUAUCAGUUAAGUCACCAUCCACAUAUUUUAAGUUGCUAUCAGGUGAAAUUCCGAACAAAUGAUUAUUACGUAUUUGCGAUGGAAUAUGCUCCAUAUGGUGACCUUUCAUGUCAUGUUAGUGCAACUGGAAUUCCUGAAUCUUGUUGUAAAAAGAUAUCAGAUCAAAUAAGUUCCGCAUUGGGUUUCAUGCAUUUGAAAUCUUUGGUUCAUCGAGAUUUAAAAUUGGAAAAUAUUUUAGUAUUUGCUUUGGAUUUUUCCAGAGUAAAAUUGUGUGAUUUUGGUGCGACGACACGUCAAGGCGUUCUCGUUCACAGAAAUAACAACACGUGGAUAUCAUUUCUUCCGCCUGAAGUAUUGGAAGUCUUGAGAAAUGAACGAUACGUCGUGAAAUCGUCGUGUGAUGUUUGGCAGUUUGGAAUAAUAAUUUACAUUUGUCUCACUGGUUCAUCGCCUUGGCAAUCAGCAAAUUGGGUUAAGGAUACAAAAUAUUGUGCUUUUAUGAAAUAUCAGCAAAGAGAAACAACAAAAAUUCCAGAAAGUUUCAAGAAAUUUACUCCCAGACUAUUACGAGCAUUCAGAAGAAUAUUUGAUCAUAAUGAGGAAGAUCGAGCAAAAGUCACUGACAUCAUGAAAUAUAUUAAAGAUAAAUGGCUAAACACGAAGCUUUCUCAAUCGCGAUCAACAUCAAAUGUAGUUAACACAUCUUUUAGAGUAGUUAGACGAACCUCAGAUCAUGAUUCAAUUAGAUAUAUCAACCAUAAAGAAAGUAGACAAACAGUCGAUGAAAAGGGGAGAUUAAAAAGACUUAUGAGUACAUUUGGAAUUCAACAAGAUAAAAGUAGUAGCACAAAUCAAGAUGCAUCGGAAAUCAGAGUCAUACAAUGGUUACAAGAUAAUGAAUUAAACUUUAAAAGGUAUGACCAUCUUGAUGACGACGACCUUGACCUGAAAUAUUGGGAGAAAGAAGAAACACUUCCGACGACUUCGAGCAAGUACUACUAAACAUUGUUUAUUUGUAUUAAAUACCAUCGAUUGCAUCAUUACUGCAAUUACAUUCACAAUAUUAAGUCACUUAAAUAGUUUAAUCUCAAAGUAAUACGAAUUUCGUGAUUUAAGAAGUACUUUUAAAAAAUAUGGCAAGUUGAAAUGAAAUGUAAUUAACAAUUAUUUAAAUCUAUUUAUUUAUGUGGUUCAAAACUUAUAACUUGACAUGUUGAAUCUUUUUAUUGGCAACCAAUGUAUUGUUAGAAUUAUUCUUAACAAGUUCUAAAAACUGGAAUGGAACGUGAUGCAUUACGCCUGUGAAUAAACAAAAGAGAAGAAAUGAAUUAAUUAAAGAAAAAUGUUUAAAUUGUUAAUUUUGUUUCUUUACCAUUGCACUCAACUAAUAAAUGUCCCCGACGUUGAGAAGCUCCUACAACUGUUACAGCCUCACCUUUUCGUAA